CAGAAAUAAGACCAAUGUAAUAUAGCGCACAGAUGGGAUGAAAUUUUGGGACGCAAAAUCGCAACAACUAAAUCACCUCAAAAUGUUGGAAAUCAUGACUCGUUUCAUUGUGUCACCGUAACAUCUACUGUUGGCUGACCUUCUGGAUGUGCAGGAAGUCCUAAGUAAUUCUCCCCUGAUCACCUGAUCCCCUGAUCACCUGAUCACCAACGUGAUCACCAACCUGUGGGUGAAACUGAGUUCAUCUGACAGAAAGGAUGGCAUCCGGUGGGUUAGUCAUCCCGGUGGUGUUGUGGGGAAGUAACGCUCCCACACACUGCGUCUCGGCAGUGCUGAUCACAUCGGACCAGAGGACCAUCAUCACAGGUUGCCAUGACGGCCAGAUCUGUCUAUGGGAUCUCAACGAGAGUAUGCAGGUUGUGCCUCGCAACAUGCUGCUGGGCCACUCUGCUGCCAUCACGUGUCUGGCCAGGGCCAGUGAGUCUUGGGAAUCUUCCACUUUCAUCAGCGCUGCUGAAAAUGGAGAGUUAUGUCUGUGGGAUGUGAGUGACGGUCGAUGUAUUGAACAGACUAGGGUACAAGGAGUGCCCACCGUCAUGCAUACUUACCAAGCUACUAAAGGCACCAGUCGUGAGUCGCGCGUCAUCUGUCACGGCUAUUAUCCCGACGUUCAUAUCUUUGACACAACAAGCCUGGAACUUCUCUUCACGUUGACCUCCAAGGUGUCACCAGACUGGAUCAGCACGCUGUGUGUGAUCCGACCUCUCAAGAGACAAGAGGAUGUGGUUAUUGGCAUAUCCAAAAGCGGGAUGCUCAAAGUUUGGAACCUGUGUGGUGCAGAAUGCAAGAACACGGAGCCCCAUUUUGAGGAGGAGUGCAAACCACUGCGAUGCCACAAUGCACAGACGCUGACCUGCUGUGCGUUCACACUACGCACCGUGCUGAUUGUAUGCACUAAAUAUUGGCAGAUCUACGAUGCAGGUGACUUCUCUCAACUGUGCUCUGAGGACAGCGAGAAAGGUUACCACUGGUGCGGAGGGGACUUCAUCAGUGCAGACAGGGUAGUCAUAUGGAAUAGCCAGGGCAAGGGCUUCCUCUAUCAGCUACCGACAAGUUGCAUACCAGAGAGCGAGGAUUUCCGCAGCAACAUUGGUCGUGGUGUGGAGGUUACGUCUCAUCCCUUUCUCUACUGCAUCCUAGAAGCCAACGACCUCAAGCCACUUUCCUGCGCGCCGGCCAUGACGUUUUUUUACGGCCGCCGCGGCCCUUUCUACAAGCUCUUUGUCCGUGGGGACUCGGAGGGCUGCGUGACGGUGUGGAGGAUGCCCGAGAUCUCGGACAAGGAGCUCAGCUACUUGAAGCAAGAGGAGUUUGACACCCUACCUGUGAUGCCACCCUCUGCGAGUAACAGUCUUAGCGAUUUGUGGAAAUACUGCUCUCCGCGACCUGCUGGAAUCAUAGACCAACUGAGUGUUACGCACGGUGAUAAAUUGUCUGAGCCUUUACCAGUGACAGCUAGCAUCUACCUACCGGACCAAGGCUGGCUAGUGUGCGGCCGCAAAGACGGUAGUAUUGUGAUCGUACCGGCCAUUCAAACAGCUAUCGUUCAACUCCUGGAUGGACCACACACUGCUAGGAGAGGUUGGCCACCCCAUCGCAUCCUCCGCGGCCACCAGGACAAAGUCACCUGCCUCCUGUACCCACACCAGGAGCACACCCGCUACGACUCCACCUUCCUGGUCUCUGGGGGAGUGGAUUUCUCCAUCUGUCUCUGGGAUAUCUUCUCAGGCAAUCUGUUGCACACCUUCUGUCUGCACGGUGGGGAGAUCAGCCGCAUGGUCAUCCCGCCAGAAAAUUGCAACGCCCGCGUCUUGGCAUGUAUCUGCACUGUGGCCAGCGACCACUCGGUGGCGCUGCUCAGCUUGCGAGAGCGUAAGUGCAUCAUGCUGGCCAGCCGGCACCUGUUCCCCAUCAAGACUAUCAAGUGGAGGCCCACUGAGGACUUCCUGGUGGUGGGAUGCGAGGACGGCAGCGUCUUCGUCUGGCAGAUGGAAACGGGUCACUUGGACCGUAUUGCCCAGGGUGUGACAGCUGAAGACAUCUUAGAAGCCUGUAACCACAUCGGACGGACAGUGGAAACCAUGCUGACCCCUGCUCAAAGUAUCGCCCAGGCCUUCCGGCGUCGCAGCUUGACUGCCAUCAAGAACGCCGCCCAUCGCCACCUCCUUGCCACCUACCAGGGAGCCAACGCCCCUUCUGCCGCCGAAAUCGUGCCAAAGAACCCCUCCCAUGCCCUCUCCAUCCAGGCCAUGCGCUCUAAUGCCAAGGACUCUGAUUUCCACGUCUUGUUCUUUGACACGGAGAUCCUGGUGGUGCAUCUCCUGACCGACGAGAACCUCAUCCCCGGCAUUGUCACCAAGGGCCAACCCGACUCGGGGAAGCUGUCAGCAUCCCAGCAAACCGGGUCCUCCCAAUCCCCGAAGCUGUCGCAGCGUGUCGCCGGCUUCCUUACCAAGCAGAUUGAGAAGCAGAUCAAGGACAGCGAUGAUGAGGAAGACGAGGAAGGGAUGCUGCAUCAGCUGCGGCCUCCUAACUCAGCCUCCAGGAGGCGUAGUGUCCCCUCUCGUAGCAAGACCUCCAAGAACCUGACUCUAGACCAGAGCCAUCUGACCUUAGACAUUGCUCAACUCUUCAUGUCUUGUCUGCACGCCUGGGGGCUUGACACCACCCUAGAUGACAUCUGUCUGACCAAACUGGGCCUCCUGAAGCCUCACUCCCCAGUCUCCUUCGGCCUUCUCUCCCACGGCGCCUACAUGUCUCUGAUGCUCCCGGGCUGGCACCGCAACCCUUCCAAGACCCCAUCCCCAUCCAGGAUGUCCCCAGACCCCAGCUCCAUCUCUGCCAAGGAGGCCCUGCAGCUCAAGAAACGAGAGCAGAAGGAGAUCUCGGACAUCCAGCUGGGCUUGCUGCUGGAUGGUCAGCAGUACCUGGGACACUGGGAGCUGUCCCGAGCAGUGACCACCCAACAUCUCCUGUCGGUCAUCUCUGUAGCCAACACUCUGAUGAGUAUGAACAAUGCCAGCUUCAUGAUCCUGUCCCAUUUCCGCAAGGGCAAGCCCAAAAAGUCUGCCGCUGGUACAGAAGGAGAUAAGGUGGAUCCCUUUGACAAUCUUGCCGAUCUGACUCCUGAACAGGCUAUGAUUAAACAAGGUUGGAGCCUGCUGGCUGCCCUACACUGUGUCCUCCUGCCUGACUUACUGGGCAGCACCCGCUACAAACCACCCCACCUGGAGAUGCUGGCUCGCAGGUGGCAAGACAGGUGUCUGGAGGUUCGCGCUGCUGCCCAAGCUCUGUUGUUGGCCGAGCUGCGACGUAUCGGUGCCGAUGGCAGGGAGGAGGUUAUCCACACUUGGGCCCAUCACCUGCCCAACUAUGUGGAUUCGUCUCUGAGUCUGCUGGGCAGUCAGAGCCAGGCUAGCUCCAUGUCCUCCCUGUCGGAGACUGGGAGCAGCGAGAGCGACGAACACGAGGAAGAAAUACUGUCAGGUGAUUCACCGACAAAGAAAGUCUCGACGUCGUUUGAGUCUCGCCGCAAGCAGGCCACAGCCAUCGUCAUGUUGGGUGUGAUUGGGGCCGAGUUUGGGGCGGAGAUUCAGCCAUCCCGCCUACAAGGCAGCCCGUCCAACCGACCGGUCCAGCAAGGGUUUGGCAUGAACGACUACUCGCUCGCAAGACAUACAGCUCAAGCCCUGGCCUAUCUCUUGCUGGAGCCCCCGAAGCCCAAGUUACCGGCUCACACUCCGAUCCGCCGUGCCGCCAUCGACUUACUGGGCAGGGGCUUCACGGUCUGGGAGCCAUUCAUCGACGUGUCUGCUGUCUUUCUGGGACUCUUGGAGCUGUGCAGUGAUACCAAAAAGUUUGCUGCAAGCAUUAACAGUGGUUUGCCCAUCACCCCGGCUGCCGAUUCCAACCGCAGCGCCCACCACGCCUUGGCCCUGAUUGCCACGGCCCGGCCGGCCACCUUCAUCACCACCAUCGCUAAGGAGGUGGCUCGCUACCAGGCCCUGGCCACCAACACUCAGACCCCGGCUGCCAUCUUGCAGGCCAACCCGCUGAGCCGAGCUAAGGCCGAGGUGCUGAGGAUCGUGGAGCUGCUGAUUGAGAAGAUGCAGAAUGAUGUGGUGGACCUGAUGGUCGAGGUGAUGGACGUCGUGGUUCACUGCCUGGACCCAGGCCAGCUCAAGACCAAAGGCCUGAUGGAGAUCUUUCCCUGUAUCUGCCGCUUCAACAUGCUCAGCUAUUGUCACCACACUAAGCGGAUUGCCGCCGGUGCUAAGACGGGGCUCAUCGCAAUCUACGACGCCAAGACUGGCAAGUCACAGACCAUCUCUGGCCACACCACGGCCGUGACAGCUCUUGCCUUCUCCACUGAUGGCAAGUACAUGGCAUCCUACGCCUUUGGGGACACCAAACUUUGCUUCUGGCAGACCAUUGCCACCCCCAUGGCUGGAGUAAUGAAGCUGACUGGUAGUUCGCUUCUCGGCGGUAUGAUCAGCUCAGCCACAAAGUGCGUCAAGGCAUUCAAGACGAGGCAGUUCACCGGUUCCUUCACGGUGAGCCAGCUGCGCCAGGUGGCCCUGUCCUGGCCCCAGCCCCGGGCGGUCAUGCUGAAGUACAUGGACGGCUCCAUGGACAAAUAUCAGCUGUGAUUCAAGAAACUACCAGGCCUGUGGGUUCCCUUCCUUGUAGCUACACUGUUUUGCUUGUGUACAGUCACAGACAAGAAGAACAUCUUUCAUCAGGAGUUUCAGGGGAGUCCUGAGUUCCCCGUGCUCCACAAGAGGGGAACAAACACAUCCACUCUUUGAGCAGACUGGCUACCGGACCGUACAUUAUCGAUAACAAUUGUGGGGCAGGAACCAGCCUACCCCGCGAGAACGGAAAUAUUGUCUGGCAGCCAAUAUUUCGAAAUUAUAAAGUAACAACGCAGUAACUUUUCAUGGGCAAUUUUUUCGGUCGAUAUCUCAUUCAAAAGUGAAUAACUUUUGAACUGUUAGAAAAUAAGCAAUUUAGAAAAGGAAUUUAUUUUGGGGGAUGAAACUCGAAAAUAGCAAGAGUAAUGAAUCUUUAAUUUGCAUUGGCAGUUAUACUGGGCAACACCAUUGCGCUGCACAAAAGUUAUCAGAAAAGUUGUGCUUAGUAUAGCAAUAAAAGUGCACAAAUCUAUUGCAGCAUUAACAAAGAUAUCUAUUAUGAUUAAUCUGUUAUUUUUUAAAGCAAACUCUGCUUAAAAUAAGAGAGUAACUUCUGAAGUAAGUGUUGUACCUGCUCAUGUGAAAAAGGAUUAAGCUUCAAUGUGAAGUAAAAUGUUUCUAAGCAGGGCCAUGGUAUUCUGUCUUUUUAGUAGGAGUUGUGCAAAUAUGUGAAAUAUAACCAUGUAUCUGUGAAAUAUAUUUAAUAUUUCCCAGCCUCGUUUUGCAAUAUGAGCUUGUCCCAUGAUUUUAUUGUGGAAAGAAUGUCUGUCACAGAUAGACAAUCCAGACUUAUUCAGUAGGCCUCCCAAUUCCAAAUGUCUGUACCCAAAUUCUUACUCGCUAAACAGUAUUUUUCGUCAGUGUGUUCAAUGGAGUCCCAGACAGCGCUGGUUAAAUGUUCUCCAACAACAUGUGGACAAAUAGUAAGUGUACGAAAUAAUUAAUCUUACAGUCUGUUAUGUUGUAAGUUUCUUUAAUACAUUCACCCACCUCUUUGUAAGUAUGAAUUGACUGUCAAAUCAUUGUGAAAUCAUCAAUUGUACUACAUUUCAUCGAAAAAUGUUUAUUUAGGAUAUAACUGUUAAGAUUCGGGAGUCUGUGUCUCAUAUGGUUUGAAUUUCUCACAAAACCAACAUGAUUCUCUUGUUGGAAUGUGACCAAUUUAAUUAUUUUCAUAUUUUAAAAUUGUCAUUUUACCUUCUCAAGAUUGAAAAAAAAAGCUCUCGGAACCACUGCCGACAACUGCUUAUGUCAUCUUGGAUCAUGGCAAGGUGUAAUAUGACAUUUUGAACUUCGA